AUGCCAGUUACAGACGGAUCUAUUUCCACUGCAGAUGGCUCGGCUCUAGUCCGCCUGGGCGAAACCACAAUUGUGUGCGGUGUCAAGGCUGAAAUCGCAGAGCCAGACCUCGAUGCCCCCACACGCGGUUUCAUAGUCCCGAAUGUCGAGAUUUCUGCCAUUUGCGCAGCACGAUUCAAACCAGGCCCUCCGAGUGAAGAAGCCCAGAUAAUAUCAGAACAACUCAAUCAAAUCAUAGCAAAGUCCAAAUGUCUCCCUCUCGACUCACUCUGCAUCGAGCCUAGAAAAGCCGUCUGGACGAUUUACAUCGACGCAGUGUGCAUAAAUUAUGAUGGUAAUGCGCUAGAUGCCACACUCCUCGCAAUGACCACGGCUCUAAGCAAUACACAACUUCCGCAGGCUCGAUAUGAUGACGAUAAAAAGAUGGUCUUAUGCUCAAGGAUGAACAAGACACCCCUCGCGCUCAAGACACUUCCAACAGCUACAACGUUUGGAAUCUUUGAAUCAAAACAUCUACUCGUUGACCCAACUUCAUUCGAGGAGCCACUGCUCGAAUCCACCGUCACCGUCGUUUUAUGCGGCUCCGAAGCCAUCUCCGUCUCUCAAGUCGGUCUCGGGCGGGAAACGAGUCCAUCAGGACAGAGUUCCACAUCCCUUUACACCGAAUGCAUAGAGCUCGCACAAAAGAGGCAGGCAGAGAUUCUCCGCGCCGUCUCACAGACAAAUCUGUGA